AUGGCUCGUGAUCGCCCCCUUCCACUCGGCGAGGAGUGGCAGGAUCCCGACUCCUACGUCAAUGCCCUUCUUUCCUUUGCGACUGAGAACUUGCUGUUCAUGAACCUCUGUGGUGGCGUACAUAUCCUCGAUUUCCUGACCCGUGAGCCCGAUCUAUAUACGACAUUGCUACCAGAGAACUGGAGAGCAUUCUUUGAACAGCAUGAUAUCCAUGAUAUUAUUCGUCUGUUUCUUCGGGAAGACAUUGAGCCCUUGCGAAAGGCUGAGACGAAUGGUGACAUUCAAGAGACCGGCCGUACAUGGAAUGGAGGCGCAUCACCUCCGCAAGACCUUCUGGAAUACAUCUACAACGUGCGCCGACUGAGCCUAGGACGAGACUUCACCUCUCCAUUCCCCAAAUCUACCAAGAGCACCCUGCCAAGACACAUUGCGGUAGGCAUGAAUAAGAAGAAAGUUCAUGAGGUUGAGCAUUUCUCGAAAUACGUCGCCUCUCUUUCUGAUACCGUGAAUGAGUGCCGAGGUCAGCCCGUCUCUCACAUUGUGGAUUUCGGAUCUGGCCAAAACUACCUUGGACGGACGUUAGCAAGCUCGCCCUACCACAAACACAUCAUCGCCAUUGAGCGGAAGCACCAGUACAUCGAUGGUGCGCGGGGGAUGGAUGUUCAAGCAAAACUGGCUAAGAAGGAAGAAAAGACAAUUUAUGUGCAAAAUCGUAAGAAGUCAUGCAGUGACUGCGAUGCGACGCCCGAGGUGGUAGUCCCCGAAAAUACGGAGACACCUUCGCAAAAAGAGACGGAAGUGCCUCGGACUUCUUCUGAGGAUCCUCUGCUGCAAGAACUUGACGAGACGAUUGAGGAUGUCACCGCAUUCAAAAUGCUGGGUGAAAUCACUCUUGAGCCUGACGAACUUCUCGGCUCUCUCACGAAAAACACGUACAAAAAGAAGGAACAGCCCGAGAUCGAUGCCCGAGGAACUAUUAGCUAUAUUGAGCACGAGAUUCAGGACGGCUAUUUGGAACCUAUUAUCGACCAUGUUGUCAACCCUUCUCCUGCAGCUACAAAUGGAGAGGCAUCGGCAGACAAGCAAGCAACGGCCAUUGCAGCACAAGCAGACGAGAAGACGAAGCAAGACCCUCGGGUAAUGGUGGUGUCCUUACACUCAUGCGGAAACCUCGUUCACCACGGCGUACGCUCGCUGAUCCUCAACCCGUCUGUUGUGGCCGUCGCCAUGAUCGGCUGCUGCUAUAACCUGCUGACCGAACGUCUCGGUCCCGCAACAUACAAACUCCCCAUUCUCCGCUCCCUUCAUCCCCGUUUAACCGAGACGGGCUGCUCAUAUGACCCCCAUGGCUUCCCCAUGUCCAAGCUGUUCGAGGACUACGAGAGCCCCGGUGCAAAGGGAAUGAAACUCAACAUCACUGCCCGCUCAAUGGCCGUACAAGCACCAUACAAUUGGGGCUACGACGAUAGUGAAGGCUUUUUCACCCGCCAUUUCUUCCGCGCUUUAUUCCAGCGCAUCCUUGUCGACCGCGAAGUCGUACCCAAGCCCGGCGCUGUGGAAGAUCUAUACAGUGAAUCACGCGGCACCGCGGCCGUAAUAAUUGGAUCCCUGCGCAAGGCUGCCUUCACAUCUUUCAAUGCCUAUGUACGUGCCGCAACGGUGAAGCUCAGUCGUGACCCGGUACACGGUGCCAAGAUCCAGGAACGGAUUGCCCCGUUGACAGACGAGGAAAUCGAUCGCUACGAAACCGAUUUCCGGCAAUCGAGGAAAAACCUCAGCGUCGUGUGGAGCUUGAUGGCAUUUAGCGCGCAGGUUGUCGAGGCUGUUAUCGUCGUUGACCGCUGGCAAUUCCUGCGCGAGCAUGAUAACGUCAAGGAAUGCUGGGUUGAGCCUGUGUUCGACUACAGUCUGAGUCCGCGGAACUUGGCUAUCAUUGGGCUUAAGAAGUGA